GGGGUUUCUGUCUUCAGGCAUGACAUUCUCAGGACAGUGACUCUCUGGAACAGUGUGUCCAUUGGUCCUCACAUCUCAGGGGUCCCAGGGCACCGAACAGUCAUUCAGUGUCUGCCUUGGCCUCUGGCUGCAAGGAAGGCCCCAGAUGAGGCAUCACUGGAGUGCCAGGCUCAGUCACCUGUGGCAUGUCUCUGGGUCACUGGUCAGUCCCAGAACAGGGAAGGCAGUUGCACCAAUAAAGCAAGCGCAGUCUCCGGACUCUCCUGGCCCCAGCAGCUUCAGGUCGGCACUGCCCCCAGGCCAGUUUUUCAGUCUCACAGGAUGAGUCUCACCAAGCUGACCGGGGUGCUAUUCGCCCUGGCAACCCUGCUACAGCUGGCUGUGACCCUGAGAAUAGCGGCCUUCAACAUCCGUACUUUUGGGGAGACCAAGAUGUCCAAUGCCACCCUCUCCAGCUACAUCGUGAAAAUCCUGAAUCGCUAUGACAUUGCUCUUAUCCAAGAAGUCAGAGACACACACCUGGGGGCUGUGGGGAAGCUGCUGGACGAGCUCAAUCGGGAAACACCAGACACCUACCGCUAUGUGGUCAGCAAGCCGCUGGGCCGCAACCGCUACAAGGAGCAGUACCUGUUUGUGUACAGGCCUGACCAGGUGACCGUGCUGGACAGCUACUACUAUGAUGAUGGCUGUGAGCCUUGUGGGAAUGACACCUUCAGCAGAGAGCCAGCCAUUGUCAAAUUCUCCUCCCCAUUCACAGAGGUCAAGGAGUUUGCGAUCGUGCCCCUGCACGCAGCCCCAGCUGACGCCGUCACUGAGAUCGACGCACUCUAUGAUGUCUACCUGGAUGUUCGGAAGAAGUGGGGCCUGGAGAACAUCAUGCUGAUGGGCGAUUUCAACGCUGGCUGCGCCUAUGUCACCCCUUCCCAAUGGUCCGCCAUCCGCCUGCGCACAAGCCCCAUCUUCGAGUGGCUGAUUCCUGAUGAUGCUGACACCACGUCCACACCCACAGACUGUGCCUACGACAGGAUCGUUGUUGCCGGAACGCAGCUCCAGAAUGCUGUGGUUCCCAACUCAGCUGGUACUUUCGACUUUCAAGCAGCAUAUAAGCUGAGUCUCCAGCUGGCUGAAGCCAUCAGUGACCACUACCCAGUGGAGGUGACACUCCGGAGAGCUUGA